CCCAGAUCUUGAAAGAAUAGGCAAGGAAUUAGCUAAAAAAUGUAAAGGCUUACCUUUGGCAGCGAAGAUGUUGGGUGGUGUCCUAUGUAACGAAAGGAAUCCAGAUAAAUGGAAAGCUAUCUUAAAUAACAGAAUAUGGGAUCUUCCAAAGGGAAAAAAGAUGAGGUACUCCCAGUUUUGAAAUUGAGCUAUGUCCAUCUUCCUUCUUAUUUGAAGAGAUGUUUUGCUUAUUGUGCGGUAUUUCCCAAGGAUUAUGAAAUUGAGAGGGAUGAGCUGGUACUCUUAUGGAUAGCAGAGGGCUUUUUAGAUGGACAAAAGGCAAAUGAGGAUAUCUUGAGACUGGGACAAGAUCACUUCGAUGAGUUAGUAUCGAGAUCAUUUCUUCAACAAUCAAGGGUCGAUGCAUCUAAGUUUUCAAUGCAUGAUCUUCUGAAUGAUCUAGCAAAGUCAAUUGCGGGUGGGACAUGCUAUAGAUCAGGGGACUCUCAGCUGGCAAGUAAUGAAGACGAUGCAUCUCUAGAGAAAGCUCGUUAUGCAUCAUUCAUGACAACAUGGCAUGUUACAUCAAAAUGCCUGGGAGCAUGUCACGGAAUGAAGGUACUAAGAAGUUUAAUUCUAGGAUGUGUUGGAUCUAGUGAGGGCUCUUUCUGUAUUUCCAACAAGGUGCUACAUGACGUGCUAACAAACUUAAAGUACUUGAGGGUGUUCUCGUUAUGUCAUUGUUACAUCACAGAGGUACCGCAUUGUGUCGGUGAUUUAAAACAUCUUCGAUAUCUCAAUUUCUCGUACACUGAUAUCAAAUGGCUACCCGAGUCAAUUAGCACCUUGUGCAAAUUACAAGCUUUGAUAUUGAGAGGUUGUCGAAAGCUUUCUAUGUUGCCUUCAGGUAUCACAAACUUGGUCAGCUUACAGUUUCUUGACAUUAGAGAUACAAAAAGUCUAAAAGAGAUGCCAUUGGGUAUUAGUAAUUUGAAGAAUCUUACUAUCUUGUCCAAGUUUGUGGUGGGAAUAGAGAAAGGGUCACAGUUAAAAGAGUUAAAGAAGUUGCCACAUCUUCAAGGAGAAUUACUCAUAUCAGAAUUGCAAAAGGUGGAAGAAGUGAGAGACGCGGUUGAUGCUAAUUUGUCAGGAAAGCAAGGCCUUAGCAACUUAGCCUUGCAUUGGGGUGAAGAUUUUGGAAAUUUGCGGAAUGAUAAGCGUGAAGCGCAAGUGCUUCACUUUCUGCAACCUCACACUCAUCUUGAAAAUCUCACUAUCUCAUACUAUGGUGGUGCAAAACUCCCAUCCUGGUUAGAUAGUCCAUCAUAUUCUAAGAUAGUGUCUUUGUACUUGCGAGACUGUCCUAAUGUCACGUCGCUGCCCCUACUUGGACAACUACCUUCACUUAAGGAAUUAUCUCUUAAAGGUCUACAUGCAGUAAGAAUGAUAGGCUCUGAAUUUUAUGGUGGUAAAAGGCCUUUCUCGACCUUAACAACUUUGAAGUUUGAAGAGAUGUUGGCAUGGAAGGAUUGGGGUCGUUAUGCCGGGGACCCAAAGGAAGAAUUCCCAUUCUCCUGUCUUCAGCAUCUUGUUGUCCGGAGCUGUCCUUCGUUGGUCGGGACAUUGCCUUGUCAACUUGAUCUUCUCAUAAAGCUUGAAAUUCAUUCAUGCCCGCAUUUGAAUAACUUAACCGGCAUGGUUCAUCUUCCAUCUCUCCACGAGUUAUACCUUGAGGAUUGUAAUAAGGAGAUCUUAACGUGCUUGGUCAGCCUAACUUCUUUAACCAUUCUCAGAGUUGAAAAUCUUGCAGAUCUCGUUUGCUUUAAUCAUGAGUUUAUGAGUGGUUGGGUCAAGCUAAAGGAGCUUCAAAUAACAAGCUGUGACAAGCUAACACACUUGUGGCAAGAUGAAAAUGAAACGCGAAAUCUUAUUUGCCUCCAGAAAUUAGCCAUCCAAAGCUGUGCUCAAUUCACGUCUUUUGUGGCAGGAGAAAAAGAGAUAGAGCUUCCUUCCAACCUUGAAAGCAUGGAAUUAAGGAAUUGCAUGAGUUUAGAAAAACUUUCGAGCAAAAUGCAGGCCCUCAGAAAUUUGGUUAUUGCGAAUUGUCCAAAACUCAUGGGAUUUAUCAUUGCUCCCGAUGACCCCACCAGUAAUAACUCGAUGCCUCAACUUGCUGCUCUAAAGACACUUCAAAUUAGUGAUUGUGAGGGAGUGGAGUCGAUGGAAGAGAUUGCCAUAGAAUCGUUGAAAUAUUUAACUAUUAACAACUGUAUGAAACUAAGAAGCCUACCACAGUGCCUUCGCACGCCCUCCCAUCUCACUCGUUUGGAAAUACGUGGCUGUCUAGCAUUGGAGAUAGAGGACUUCCCUCCCCUUCCCCUCACCCUGUCGUGUUUCUGGCUCCGUAGUUGUCCUAAGGUAAAGUCUCUACCAAAUCAGUGGCAUCGUCUUUCAUCCCUCCAGGUAUCUAUAUAUUAUCAAUUGCCAAAAUAUCAAACGCUUCCCCGAAGGAGGUUUUCCUCCCAAUUUGCUGCACCUUAUAAUUGGAAUGUGUGAGAAUCUGGAGCAACCAGUGAGAGAAUGGGGCUUACACAUGCUCGCUUCCCUCGAGAGUCUGGGAAUUGACGGAAGGAGCAUGGGAGGGGAGGGAGAGAAGGUGCGGUUUCCUUCGGAGGAGAACGAGGAGGAGGAGG